AUGGAGUCAGGGGCCUGUUGUCAGCAACAUCAAGAACUUUUGCCAGAUCCCAAUAAAUUGGCCUACUUGACAGACACAGUGGCAAAGAAAUACUUGCAAGGCUCGUAUUGGUCUGAGAAUGAAGAAAGACACGACAUAGUUACAGAUUACGCCAGAAUAAAUGUCUACUUUGACACUUUGGACCAAAUCGAAGUGCAUGAAAAGCCAAAAUACACCCUUUCAACAAUUAUGAGUGACCUCGGUGGAGCAGCUGGGAUUUACCUUGGCAUUUGCGGAAUCACCCUUUUCGAAAUUGCAGCAUUUCUAGUUAACUUUGUCAAAGUUAUUGUGACAUCAAAAUGGAGAAAAAGUGUGGAAGUGAAGGUUGCAAACCCAGGGGUUAAAUGGGAUCAUCCAACUUUGUCCACCAUCACAUGAACCUGAGCAUAC